AUGGAUCGGAAGGAGAACGCAAACGAGGGUGGCAGCUCGCCGGACACGGUGAUCGGCCGGUCCUCGUCCGAGGAGGAGCGGAACAAGCACGGAGGCACCACUUCCGGCGAGUACGUGACCGUCGGCGACAGCAGCUCCAGCCUGGACACUGUGACCAGCGGCACAGCGAACCCGCCCGAGGACAAGAAGAGGAGCAGAUUCGGCGCCCUGACGAGCAGCUUCCGCAAGGAGGGCGGCCUGUUCAAGAUCAAGAAGAAGAGCAGGUCCGGCGAGGACGCCGCCACACCGACGGACCCGGAUGCUGAAGAGAAAGAGACGGGUCGCAAGAGGAGUCCGGAUGCGGAGGAGGACGAUCAGAAGGAUGUCGGCUCGGCCUCGACCUUGAAGAAGAAGAAGAAGAAGUCGCACUCGCUGGUGCGCAAGCUGAGCCUGAACAAGUUCCGUCUGUCGGCCGCGGAGCAGGAACCGCGGCACACGCCCGAGGGUGGUGACAGCAGCCGAUCCCAGAGCCAAUCGUCGCAGGAAUCGCCUAGCCUCUCGGACAGCCCGUCGAGGAUCGGAGCACGGAAGGGGCACGGGAUCGAGAGGCUUGGUCACCAGCGCGACAACAACGAGUCAGCGGGGCCACGUGACGACGUCGCCGUCGCCGUCGCCGUCGCAGCCAACGUCACCGUGGAGAAGGGGGACGCCAGGAAACCGGAGAAGCUCGCGGAGAAACCGGUGACCACCGUCACCGUAGUGCAACGCAAGUCGCCGUCGCUGACCAUCAGGAGCUUCUCGAAGACUGCGCAGCACGAUACUCCGGACCGCGAGAAGUCCGACAAGGAGUCCGGACACUGCAGCUCGACGCUGCCCUACGCGAUCUCGAAAUGGCCGGAGCAGAAGCCCGGUAAAUCGGGGGAGAGGAAGUCAUUGUUGAGCUCGAAAUCGGAAUCGGACUCCGGGAUCCACACGAAGUCGCCGCCGCACGAGGUCCGCCGCAAGCUCUCGUUGCUCGAGGAGAAACGCGCUAUUUUCCAGCGACGGCUGUUCGAGUCCACCCGCGACUCCGAAUCUGGUGAAACGGUGAUCGCCGUCGACCUGAACGACGAGGAGAAACGGAAGCAGAGCUCGCGCCGCGAGGACACCACGAAGAAAAAGGCCAGACACAUCAGCGUGAACAAGUUCGACACGUUCUCGACGUUCGAGGGCACGUUCGACGACGAGACCGGGGUCGGUUACCUGGCCGGCAUCGAGGAGGGCUACACCGAGAGCUACAAUCGUCAGAACGACCUGUACCCGGUGCAUCCGGUGCAUCAGAUGCAUCCGGCAGCCAUGGGGCCCAUGGCCGACAGCGCGGAGACGAGCAAAGGGAUCAUCCAGGACAGCACGUCGUCGCAGAACAAUGCGCCGAAUGCCGGAAUAGGCGAGAAACGCGAGCACCUGUACAAGAUCCUGGUGAUCGGCGAGCUCGGCGCCGGGAAGACGUCCAUCAUCAAGAGAUACGUCCACCAGUUCUUCUCGCAGCAUUAUCGCGCGACGAUCGGCGUCGACUUCGCGCUGAAAGUCUUGAACUGGGACCCCCACACGAUUAUCAGGCUGCAGCUAUGGGACAUCGCAGGUCAAGAGAGGUUCGGCAACAUGACCAGAGUGUACUACAAGGAGGCGGUGGGUGCGUUCAUAGUGUUCGACGUGACGCGGAGCGCGACCCUCGACGCGGUCGUGAAAUGGAAACAGGAUCUGGACUCGAAGGUGCAGCUGCCCGAUGGUUCCGCGAUUCCCUGCGUCCUCCUGGCGAACAAGUGCGACCAGCAAAGGGAGGGUCUGGUCAACUCGCCCCAAAAGAUGGAGGAGUACUGCAAGGAGAAGAACUUCGCCGGUUGGUUCGAGACGUCCGCUAAGGAGAACAUCAACAUCGAGGAAGCGGCGAGAUUCCUCGUCAGUAAAAUACUGCAGAACGACCAGCUGAUGAAGGGGAACGGAUCGCAGUUCCAGACCGACGGCGAGCGGUUCGCGUUAAACCAGUCGCCGACGAGUACGAAGAAGUCCUGUUCCUGCUGACGAAUCGGCAAGCCACCGAUAGCAGCAGGAUCCGCACGGUCCGUUAUCGUCGUCCCUUCGUCGUCGUAUUGCCGUCGGUGCAACGACACACGAGCUCCGUUCCGUUUGGUCCUCGCCUCGGCAACCGGAUCCCGCAUCGAUCCUCGACUCAUUUCUCACGCUCGUCUUCCCUUCGAGAACGUUUCUGUUAGCCCUUUGUACAUACCCGCUGCACGAAACUCUUGGACGCUGAUCCGGACAGCAGAAAGUUAGGUGUACAGAUCCGAUGUGGCUCUACCGAGCGGGAUCGAAGACGAACAGGGGCCAGAGCGACCCUGUCUAGCACUUCGCCGAUGGUCCACGGCCAAGAUCAGCAUGUUUUUACGCCGUAGCUCCUCCCGCGAAGCUGAAACUCGCUCGGUAAGCCUAUAGGAUCCACGGGGAGGAGCAAAUUAGCAAGCUCCGACGCGGCCAGCACCGACGAAAGCCUGGAAGGACGAGAAGAUUAGCGAUUUUUUCAAGUUUAGAAUCAUCGAGAUUAACGCGCGGCUCUGACAACUUCGAUCCUCGAUUCCCCUCUGCUCCUUGACACCAGUGUUUCCAGGAAAUUGAUGGCGCGCGGGGCUCCCUGAACGUUGCAACCCCCGCAAUCGUCCAUAAGCUCCCUUUUUCCCCGCCGUCCUCCACCCGGAGAGUCUCGGAUAGCAGGACACCGAAGUGGCGAGGAUGCGUCGUGGCCAGAAAGCUGACCUAUGCAACGUCACGUGACGAUCCAGUGCUGCUACGUAUCCCCUCCAUCACUCCAACUUCAGUUUGUCGACGAUUACGGGGCACGGGCUAAGUGGAGGGCAAAGAGAUUCCCCUUGCGCCAUCAAUUCUCUGGCAACGCUGCUCGACGCCUUCUCCGACACCUUCGCCGGAAACCAUGAGCGGUCCGCUUUGAACAUCGGAGCAUGAACGCGUUAGGUUCGAGUUCCGGUGUCGGGGUAAACCGACACAUUCCCCGCAACAUUCCUAGAGCAAAGAAAGACUCUUUUGUACUUCGAGUCCCGACCUGCUGCCAUCGCAAUUCCAUUUCCACGUCGGCUUGGAUACUCCAAGCGAGAUCGACACCGCGCGGACGAUUCCGUGUACAAUCCCGGAAGAUUUCGACCUUUUUUCUAUUGUUCACGCGAGGAAAGUAAACAUAGAGAUAAGACGGAACGACGAAACGGUAGUUAACAGGUUGUCGACUAUCGAUCGCGUACGUUACUAAUAAAUCUAGGUUACGCAACUAAGCUCGAACGAACGGGGAAUCCGUCCGUGACGACGGUGUGCAAACCGCGACUCGUCGGCGGCUGUGACGACUCAACGACAGAACCCUUUUGUACUCGACAAUCCGGCCAGCCGAUCGCCGACGAAACCGCGCAUUCCGCUCCUCGGGCGUUAGCAAUCGUUUACGUUUAUUAAGCUCGCGUAUGUUCGCGAACGCUUACAGUUCGCGCUGCCACGUAUUCCGUGUCUUCGAAAUUGUCUAUAGGUAUUAUACACAUAUACAUAUAUAUAUAUAAUGUAAUUAUACAUAAGAGACAUAUUAUAUAUAUAUACAUAUAA